AGUUAGGCUUAAUGAAUAAAAAAGCGUCGGCAUGACAAGCCUAUUCUGCAUUUCCAGCAUCCCAAAGGAUCCGUUCGCUGCAUUAUCGGAGAAGCCAUGGCGAGGAGUAUAUCAAGGUCUCCGUCGUACUCGAGGAGGCGACACUCGCGGUCUCGUUCUCCUGCUAUCAGUCACCGUCGCCGCUCUUCCCUACAGGAUCGUACGCGCUCCCCUCACAGUAGGAGAAGAAGUCGUUCAGGUACACCUCAUCGAAGACGAAGUCGUUCUCCAGCUUUGAGGCAUAGGAAGAGCCCUUCCCCUGCUCCCAGGGGUCAUAGGAGACAAAGAAGUCGAACUUCCUCUGAUUCCCCUUCACCAAGAUCUCGCAGUCCCAGUUCAACAUCGGCUGAUCGCAAGCAUGGCAAUGAAAAGUUAAAGAAGGAAGAAGAAGAAAAGCAGAGACAGGUGCUUGAGGCAGAGCUUAAACAACUAGAAGAAGAAACUGCAAGGAGAUUGGAGGAGGAAAUUCGGAAGAGGGUUGAGGAGAAGUUGGGUUCUGAAGAGAUUAGAUUAGAAAUUGAAAGACAAAUAGAAGAAGCUCAGAAGAAACUAUUUAAUGAUGUCGAAGUUCAACUUCAAAAGGAGAAGGAAGCUGCUCUUGCUGAAGCAAGGGCAAAAGAAGAACAAGCUCGGAGGGAGAAGGAAGAAUUGGACAAGAUGCUUGCGGAGAACCAAAGGAAGGUAGUGGAGGCGCAGAGGAGAGAAGCUCUUGAACUUCAGAGAAAAGAAGAAGAAAGACUGAGGGAGUUGGAGAUGAUCCAAAGGCAAAAAGAAGAGGCUGCCAGACGGAGAAGAAUCGAAGAGGAGGAAGAACGCGAGCGCGCCAAGAACCGGCUAUCUGCAAGCAGAAAAUGACUGGUCUUGUUCCCUUUGCGAUAUCGAGGUACUGAUUUAGAAUUUGUAGCCACUGUUUACAUUACUAGGCAUUAUCAUUAAACAAUUUAUAAGAGUCUCUUAAUGCAUAGAGGGAGAGAAGAAAAGAACAGUGCCAUUUUGGUUUGAGUUCUUGAUUCUGGGCUUAUAGAGGGUGUCUCGUUUGUAUU